AAGUCUGGCUGUGGCUGGAAAAUCCAGCAGCUCUGCCUCCGAUCUGAUAGCAGAGCUGCAGCUGCACCACACAGAAGACACGGAGCUCAGUCUGGAAGCUCUUCCUGCGCCGGACAUGAAGUCUUCAUUUACAGUAAAGAUGUUUUCCAUGAGAGGGAUAAAGACUUCUGGAAACGAGGGCACAAAACCUUUGAUUGAGAGCGGCAGCGACGGAGUCGGAGGUGUGGCAUCAGUGAGGUCAACGCAGCCAGACCCGGACCGGAACCACAAGAACCUGCAGGAAGAGGUCAGGCAGUUUUUAACCAGGGCACUGCAGAGCCAACCCUGUUGCUCUGAAGAAGAUUAUGUCAGACUUUAUGUGGACGUCAUUCCAUUCAUCAGAGCCAAAACAGCAGGGACAGUCAACGCGGUGGUAUGUGAUGGAGUGUGGGCGGUUUGUCACAGAGAGCUGCUGCAGUUUGUGAAGAGGUUCAAACAGCAGCAGACGAAGGAGCUCAGCAACAGAGCACAGACUUGGAAAAAAAACAGGAAAACGUUUGAAACAAUAGACUUCCUGAAGACUUUGAAAACCUGUAAAGAACUCAGGCUGUACAUCCACACUGCAGCUGGAAGGAUUCAGCCGUCUCUUCUCACAGAAACUGUUGCAGAGCUGGAAGACAUGGAGGCUGUGACCAUAAAGCUCUUGAUGGACGUCAUCGCCAAAAUGACUGAGAGCCACCUUAAAGAUUACUUCAGAUCAGCUCAAAAAUGGCUUCCGCUGUUCACAGAUUUGGGGAAAUAUUUCCCCAAACGGCCGUAUGCUGCUGAUGAGCAAAAGCUGGUGAUAGACAACGCUUAUAAGAUCAUAGCACGCAGCUACCUCACACAUCUGCUUCAGAACAGUCGGUUCAAGCUGAGGCGCUGGAGCGCAGACGUCGGCCCAGCCGUUUCUAUGGACGCCCGUCGGCUUCACCAAACCAUGGAGAACUUGGCUCCCGGAGUUCAAGAGAGGAACGGCAUUCUGCUCAGUAUCAAAGAGGUGCUGGAGUGUGAAGACACUGACGGACUGAAGCUCACCGUGGCCCUCAUGAAGCAGGACUGCACUCAGAACAAGGCGGACCUGGACCUCCUGCCUGAACUGCUUCAGUGGAAGGGCCUCUCCAGACGGGAGGUGAGGGAGGUGUUGGACGCCCUACCUGAUGAUCAAUAUGGAGCUCCCCGUGAGUCCUGGUGGAGGGACUUUACCUGCUGCGUCUCUACCUACUGUCAGCAACAGAAACCACACAUAUGAAAUUCAAUUCAAUUCAAAUAACCGUAUUUAUCUGUCAGGGACUUUAUUUGCAGAUUAAACGUCAAAACAACACAUAGAGGACUUUGUCAAAACAUUCAUCCGCAACAAUGUCCCUCUGUGCUCAGAUCAGGAGCUGAGAUAAAGAGCAGAAGCAGCUGAACAGUCCAGCUGUCAGGGAAAACUGCAGCAGCUGCUCUUUGAGGAGAUGUUUAAUAAAAAAUACACACCAUUCCCAGUGAUGGAACAUCCAUUAUUUAUUGGAUUCAGCUCAUAAUAUGCUACCUUUCAAGCAGUUAUAUUGGAAAGAGUAACACAAUGGAUAUGUAAAUAUUCCAAAUGCAGCAGUAAUGGAUGAUAAAACCACCUGUUUGUCUUGUGUUUUAUUGGUUUCUGAAAGCUGUUUGAAGGAAUGUGAACACAGUUCUUCAGGUGGAAGUGUUGCUAUUGUGAGCCUCUACCACUAGGUGGAGCAACACAUCUUCCUGAAAAACUAGACACCCCCUCAUAUGGAGGCCCUUCACCAUUGUUUCAUUUUCUCACAGGACCAUAAAGCUGUUCUUUUUUCAGUUUUUGUACAGAAACAGAGAGAAGAAGAAAAUAAAGUGCUGGAAGCGUAAAGAAGGUUCUGGUAUUUUGUUGUAGACGGAGCGUCCUGCUUGCCUGACCUCUGAAGAAAGAGUUUGCAUCCAAACAUUAAACUUCUGCAUUCCU